AUGUGUGCACUCCAUCCUCUCGACAUGGACAAUCUUGUUUUGUUUGUGACCUUGGCCUCUUCUUUUGACAGCCUUUUGAAGUCAAGUACUUUGUUUGUUGAUUAUUCUCGUACCAUUGUGUGGCAGGGUUCAGGGAAAGUUUUGACAAAACAAGGCAUUUUUGUGCUUCGUUCUUCAACCAUGUAACUUGUCGUGGCACUGUGGUGGUGAGUGUGACAGGUCUUUUCGUGUGCCCAUUUUUGAGCACGAUGUGUGAAGUUCAAAUCACAUGGCCGUGGAAAAGUUUUUGAGUCGAGGUCGUGCAUGUUUGUCCACUAAACAACUAAAUCUUGCUUGGUAUAAAUUCGAAAGUUAAUUUAUUCACCAUGUUGAGGACGGAGAUGUUGUGUCAUCAAAUUUAUAAUUUGAUGUUUCUGGUGACAUUGCUGGGUCAAGUUUGCCAUUCACUUCAAGUUGAAGGCGAUUUUUUUACAGAGAUCUACGAAAAUGUGACAGUCUCGGCAGAGGAAGAUGUCUUUCUAGAGUGUCUCAUCUUCAACCCUACCUUCAUAGAUUGGCAGAAAGAUGGAAAAGCCAUUGAAGUAUCAAACGCCUACGCAGAGAAGCGUGUUUACAUCAUGAAGGGGGAGGGGCUUCUUAUUCUAAAUGCUGAUUACAACGACAGGGGCCAGUAUUUGUGCUUUGGCGUCCAAAAAAGUACAAACAUGAUGGUUCAGAAGACGAUCAACUUGGAUGUGGCGCCCUCUAGUGAUGAUGUUCGUCCACUUCGUAGCUAUCCCAUCGAGUGUGGAAUUCCUCGCCUCAGGGGGAAAGUUGUCGGUGGGAAAACAACCGAAGUGGGCCAGGCACCGUGGAUGGCCUUACUGUGGAACAAGAAAGAGAACAAGCAUUUCUGUGGAGGGGUGUUACUUAGCAAGCGUUGGGUGCUUACCGCUGCCCAUUGUUUCGUAAGAUUUGAUUACGAUAUCAAGGAAUAUAUGGAAGUUCGUCUUGGAGAAUAUGACAUCUUCCAGGAAGAAGGAUCUGAGAGAAUCCUUCAAGUGGAGCAGAUUAUUGUUCAUCCAGAAUAUGAUAAGGACACGUUUGACUCAGACAUUACCCUCUUGAAACUCAGACAGCCUGUCACCUACACCGAUUUCAUCGUCCCUAUUUGUCUACCCAGUGAGAUUAGGGCGAUGAAUCUACUCCGAGCUCACACUAGAGGCUACAUCACAGGGUGGGGACGCACUGCAGAGAUCACUCAUACUACUACCAGAUAUCUUAGAAGGGUGAGGCUGUUAGUGAUGGACCAGCAGACGUGUAACACCCGACAUCGGGACAUCAUUACUAACAGGAUGUUCUGCGCUGUCUCAGACGAGAGGCCAAUGGUAAGGGAUUCCUGUUUCGGAGACAGUGGAAGCCCCUUCGCUGUCAGGGACAACAAGCGUUGGUAUUUGGUUGGUCUCGUGAGUUGGGGUAUUGGAUGCGCUAGACAUCGCAUACCAGGUGUUUAUACCAGAGUACAUCGCUUCACACAAUGGAUUAACAACCUCAUUGGAGAUGACACAGAUACAUGCGCAGGUCUUCAAGAGAGAUUGUCCGAGAUGACGAGUCAGCUCUCAACACAAGAUCGUGAAAUUAAACGUCUCAAGGAACUACUCAAAGAAAAAAAUGCUCAGCACAAUGAGACUUCUACAACGAAUUCAUCUCAGUCUCCUGACCUUGAGGAUACCAGUGACCUCUUGACCCCCGACCCGACACGACCUCCGCUAAACUCCCGUCAGAGUACACCUCCCCAUGAACUCCGUAAUCCUUGCAUACAGGGGUCGUGUGAGCAUGUCGGUGGAUACCACGUGAGUGCCGUUUGUGAGGAUGACUUCUGCUCUUGUGAAUCGCCUUACUAUUCCAGAGCAACUUGCCUGCCUCGAUACGGAUCAUGCGUAAUUAAACACGAUGCUCCAACAGCGAUCGCAAUGCCUUCCUUCCAAGAUGAACCUCAAAUGACUUAUAGCUGUCUGGCCGAUGAUAACAGUCUAUGCCGCGUUCACGUCCUAGCCGUGUAUGAGGGAAACCGUCACACCAUUCCCCCUACGGCUGGCGACAUGGAAGUCAUGGUGGAAGGUCAAAGGUCGGCGGAUGAGAGAAGAGGGGUUGUGCUUGUAUUGGUGUCAUUUGAACCGGUCAACUGGAACGUCCAUCUGGUUGGACAAUCCAUGAUAGAGAGAGUCAUUCUGAUCUCUUUACACAACUCCACGGUUGCCAUCAAAACCCAAGACAACAACACCCAGUCCGAUAUCACCAUAGUUUCCUUAACUGGUCCCCGUGGCUAUGGCAAUGAUAGCGGUGUAGCUGGUGACACUGCAGGCAUGCUAGGCAUCAUCAAUCAAACGGUUGGCCCAGUGACCUCUUUCACUGGUACCUAUCGAGCUGAGCGAUGGAUCCUGAAUGUUGAUGCAUCUAGUGAUCUGACGGAUACCAGUUAGUAAUCGGUGAGUGAGUCGGCCAUUUUGUGCCUUUGGAAUAUUUGAAGUGAAACAGUCAUUGGUGUUUUACAUAACAUACUAUUUUAAAUAUUAUUUUUGUUUUUUAACCAUAUGCACUGAUGUGUGUCAGCACCGUAUACUCAGUGCUUUCCC